UGUAUGAGGGGGUUAUAAAACCUUUCUCUGGGUUAUUGCAUUAAAUAAGAUAAUGUAUAUAAAAUACUUUGUAAAGCUGAAAGUCCUAUAGAAAUGUGAGCUAUUAUGGUGAGGGUAAGUAUGGAACAUUGAUUGGAACAUAUUAGUAACAACCAAUGUUAACAUCAUGUGAUCUUCACACCUAUUCUGUGAGAUAGGUGCUGCUAAUAUAUGGAAGGGUUGGAAAAGUAUAGAAGCUUUAGAUGGAGUAAGGUCGAAUACAGGAGUGAAAAGUUUGAACUUAAUUCAAGAAGAUUUUUGAGGAGUGUCAUGCUAGAUUAUUCUAGCAUUAGAAGCAGAUUGGGAGUGGAAAGUACAAUUAGGGUAUUGAUAGGGUUGGUAAAGAGAUUGGGAAUUGGGUGGAAGAAGAGAGAGAUACUCUGGUAGGAGAAACUUAUGGAAUUUUCCCUUUGGCCUGCACAGGUGCCAAGUAUUAUGGGAAGGUAUAUUAGGAGUUAGAAAUGGCAAUGAACAGAUGGGACAAGACAAUAGAAUGUCAGUGAAGUCCACUAAAAAAGAGAGGACAGAAUAAUAGUUCGUAUUCACAUAACACUACUUUACAAAGAUCUUUUUAGGUAGGUCAGGCCCCCAAAUUACCAUGUGUUAAUUUUAUAUAGCCUUCAUGUGCUUAUUUAUGUACAUGUUUUCUCCUCUAACAGAAUGUAAGAUAGAAACUUUUUCAUUUUUGUCUUUGCAUUCUCAGAAUCUAGUAAUAACACCUGGAACACUGUACCAACUUAAAUGCUUGAACUGGGAGACAGGGGAAAAGCAGUAGUAGCUAUCAGACCUAGAUAUUUCAGAGGAAGGAUUCAAAGGUCCAUAAUUAAAGUAGAAGAUGGCAAGGCCCAGCCACAGCAGCUAUGUGCUUCAACAGCUAAACAACCAAAGAGAAUGGGGUUUUCUCUGUGACUGUUGUAUUGCAAUUGAUGACAUUUAUUUUCAAGCACACAAAGCAGUUCUAGCUGCUUGCAGCUCUUAUUUUAGGAUGUUUUUCAUGAACCAUCAGCACACCACUGCACAACUGAAUCUUAGCAACAUGAAAAUUAGUGCUGAAUGCUUUGAUCUAAUUUUGCAGUUCAUGUAUUUAGGAAAAAUUAUGACAGCCCCUGCCAACUUUGAGCAGUUUAAAGUGGCAAUGAACUACUUACAGUUAUACAAUGUUCCUGACUGUUUAGAAGACAUACAGGAUGCAGACUGUUCUAGUUCAAAAUGUUCGUCUUCUGCUUCCAGCAAUCACAAUAACAAAAUGAUAUUUGGGGUACGAAUGUAUGAUGACACCAUAGCUAGAAAUGGCAGUGAAGCAAACAGGUGGUGUGUGGAGCCAAGUUCAACAGUAAAUACGUCCCAAAACAAAGAGCCUGAUGAAGAAUCUUUACAGUUAAGCAACUUUCCAGAACAGUUGUUCGAUGUAUGUAAGAAAAGCUCUGUCUCCAAAUUAUCUAACCCAAAGGAUCGUGUGUCACGGCGUUUUGGAAGGAGCUUUACCUGUGACAGUUGUGGUUUUGGUUUUAGCUGUGAAAAGUUAUUAGAUGAGCAUGUGUUAACCUGCACUAAUAGACAUUCAUAUCAAAACGCAAGGGCAUACCAUAGGAUAAUGGAUGUUAGAGAUGGAAAAGAUGGUAAUACCAAAACUGACACCUGUGAAAAGGAUUCUUCUAAAACAUUUUCUGUACAAAUAGACAAAUAUAGAGGGGAUACAAGCCAGGCCACCAGUGAUUCAUCAUCAACCACUGGAAAUAGAAAAAGCAAUAUAGCAGAGUCUGAAGUAGCUGGUGAAGAGAAGAGCAGAGCUGCUGAGAGGAAAAGGAUCAUUAUCAAGAUGGAGCCAGAAGAUCAUCCUAAGGAUGAAUUUAAAGACUUCAAUGUUAUUAAAGUUUCUGAUAAAGACUGUAAUGAAUCCACUGACAAUGAUGAAUUAGAAGAUGAACCUGAAGAGCCAUUUUAUAGAUAUUACAUUGAAGAAGAAGUCAAUGUGAAGAAAAAUGCUAGGAAACUUUUAAAACCCCGGAUGUCUGUAAAUACAGAUGAAAGGAACAGUUUGGAAAAUACAAGGCACCCUAACAAGGAUAGUCCUGUACAAGGGGAUACUGAGGGCGCUUCAUGUGAACUGUGUGGACAAACAAUAACUGAAGAAGAUUUGUCAUCUCAUUAUUUAUCAAAACACAUAGAAAAUAUCUGUGCUUGUGGUAAAUGUGGUCAAAUACUAGUCAAAGGUAGGCAACUUCAAGAACAUGCACAAAGAUGUGGAGAACCCCAAGAUUUGACAGUGAAUGGGUUAGGAAACAGUGAAGAAAAAAUGGACAUGGAAGAGAAUACUGAUGAGCAAUCUGAAAUAAGAGAUAUGUUUGUUGAAAUGCUAGAUGAUUUCAGGGACAAUCAUUUCCAAAUAAAUACUCUCCCUCAAAAGCAAUUAUAUAAACAUUCUGCAUGUCCUUUCCGAUGUCCUAAUUGUGGUCAGCGUUUUGAAAAUGAAAAUCUAGUGGUUGAGCAUAUGUCCGGCUGCCUAGACCAAGAUAUGUUUAAGAAUGCCAUCAUAGAAGAGAAUGAAAGAGAUCAUAGAAGAAAACACUUCUGCAAUCUUUGCGGAAAGGGAUUUUAUCAGCGUUGUCACUUAAGAGAACACUAUACAGUCCAUACCAAGGAAAAACAAUUUGUUUGUCAGACAUGUGGCAAGCAGUUUUUAAGAGAACGUCAGUUGCGGCUACAUAAUGACAUGCACAAAGGCAUGGCUAGAUAUGUCUGUUCCAUUUGUGAUCAAGGAAACUUCCGAAAACAUGACCAUGUACGGCAUAUGAUUUCUCAUUUAUCUUCUGGGGAGACUAUAUGCCAGGUCUGCUUUCAGAUAUUUCCAAAUAAUGAACAGUUGGAGCAGCACAUGGAUGUUCAUCUAUAUACAUGUGGAAUAUGUGGAGCAAAGUUUAAUUUACGAAAAGAUAUGAGAUCUCAUUAUAAUGCCAAGCAUUUGAAAAGAACAUAAGUGAUUUCCUACUGUAAGAGUAUUAACUUGAUGGCAAACAAGACACCAAAGCAAGGAUUAUGAUAUAUUAGUAUUUGAUUUUAGAAAAUGAAUUGAUGGGGAAAAGUGUAUUUUAUGACCUUUUUACCUUUUCUUUGUUUAGAAUCAUUAAGCAUAUACAUGUUUUAUCAUUUUGACUUAUUUUUACUGUUAAUAGAAAUUUUUAUGUUUUUAGUUUUUGCCUUAGCUAUGAUUAAAAUUACUUUUAAAUGUAGAUUUAAAGCACAAUGUUAUCCCUUCAGUGACUUUAGUUCCAUAUCAAUAAGAUGAUGAUUUCACUAUUUUCCAUGUGUUUUUCCUUAAAUUAUUUUGUGAAAUUUUAAAUACAAUGUCAAUGGACAUCCUUGAUUUAAAAAAAAAAAUGUAAAUAAGGAAAUCAAUUCUGAGAGACUAGCCACUUUGCUAGUUACUUGUCAGAACAGCAGUGACUUAACCAUUGUUGUUGUUAUUCUUAUCAUUAAUGAAUUUCAGAUUUUGAAGUUGAUAAUCUACCUUAUGAUAGAUUGGUUGAGCUAAAUUUAGUCUUUACAAUUUACAUAGGCUAGAACCAUACACUGAAAAAGACCAAAAGA